AUGGAAACCGAAAUCGGAACUGAGAAACCCGAGAGGGCUGAAACGAUCCUUCCUUCACAGAGCAAUCAGAGUAUGGGGUGUGAAGAUCAUUGCAGUUCAUCCUGGACCUGUGCAUCCUCUCUCUCUCUCUCUCUCUCUCUCUCUCUCUCUCUCUCACUCUCUUGAUCCCUCUUCCUCUCUCUAUCUCUCUUUCUCUUCUCUAACAUGAAUCUAUUCAUUUUUUCGGUAUGCAUCCUGCUGGAAGUUCUCGCAGUCACCUGUCAGGAGAUGAUGCAAGGCCGGAUAAUCGGCGGCUAUACUCCUGCACCUUACUCCAUCAAGUACAUGGUGUCCAUCCAGACCAUCGUGGGACAGCACUUCUGCGGUGGCACAUUGAUUAACAAAUACUGGGUGCUGACAGCAGCCCACUGUAACGUAGGUGUUGGGAACAUGAGGAUUGUCGCUGGAGAUUAUUCUGUAAGUGUGUAUGAAGGGAAUGAACAGUAUCGAUCGCCAAAGCUCCUAGUACCUCACCCACUGUACAACAAAACCACCAACAAUGCAGACAUCAUGCUUAUUAAGAUGCAGACUCCUGUGACUGUGAAUCAAUUCGUGUUCCCUGCACCGCUUCCCCGUCAAGGGGACUUUAUGCCAGAGGGUCGUGUGUGCCGUGUAUCUGGCUGGGGAUUCACUAGCCCCACAGGGGGUAUCCCUACAUCCCUUCACACUGCCACAGUGCCCAUUGUCUCCAGCACCCACUGCAAUAGCACAGACUCCUACAACGGCAACAUCACAGAAAACAUGAUCUGUGCUGGCUAUGCGGAAGGAGGAACCGAUGCGUGCAGUGGUGACUCCGGCGGACCGCUGGUAUGUGAAGGUCGUGUCUACGGGAUCGUAUCUUGGGGCAACAGCUGUGCAGAUCCUAAGUAUCCUGGAGUUUACACCGCUGUCUCAAAGUUCCGGACGUGGAUAGACAGCACUGUAUUUGGCAAUUAUGGAAACUGUGGCAAGAACUAGACUGCGCAAUAUCAAUAUAUCUUCAACCAUUAACUUGGAAGCACAAAGAGAUUAAC